UCGACCUCCUACCAUACAAAGCAACGGGACCUCGCAAUGUUCACAAUCUCGGAGGAGUCAAAGGAGCGCAUCGCCCGCAUCAUCGAUGUCUCCCGUGUUGCCAUCCACUAUGGCUAUCUCCCAUUGAUCCUCUACCUCGGAUACGCCCGCAGCGAGCCGAAGCCAUCUCUCAUCCGACUCUUUUCACCACUCGCAUAGACGCAGAUCAUGUUUAUGAGUUUCCACAACUACUGUAAAAUACCACAUAAAGAAGGCGCAAUGGUUAUGGGAUCGUGAUGGCUUGGAUCGGCUGGAGGGCUAAUGCCCAGGUCCGGUCGGUCUUGGAAAGUACUUUCUUCUCUCUACACUACAGCAUUCGGCACUCGGAUACGCAAGACGGGUCGGUAAUGCAUUGAAUGCGAACCACAGCAUAGAGUCAGAUUAAUGAGACCCUUGCAGCAUGGCAUGCGCCGUGGCGUAUGCCACUGCCAUGCAGAGUUGCGCCCGACCCAUACAUUUGUGCCUAGCACCAGCGUGCUGCGACUGCUGGAGCCUGGGUGCCUACAAACCCAAACUACAAUAGUCUCUUAGCCACUGGAAACCGCAGCGCUUUCCCUAAUCU